AUGGAAAUAACCCCAACUAUCAAGGAAUACCACACCCUCUUACAAAUACCACUACAGGAGAAAAUUGAGGUUUAUUCCUAUGAUGGUGGGUUUACGUUGAAAAGGGCAGUAUCGCUGCUUGUAGGGAAGAUAUCUGCUGGUGAGAUUGAAAAACAUGUGAAAAGGAAGGGAGAAAACACAUGCUUGCCGAUAGAAUAUAUCCUGAGUCUUCAGCAGAGGUUCGUUAAUGAAGAAAGGGAGCUAUCGCUAUUAGCUCUGUGCUUAUUCAACUUGGUUUUAUUUCCUAAAGUUAGUGGGUACGUUGAAGAGCGGCUGGUCAAGCUAUUUGUCAAGGUAGAGAUGAGGGUUAAUCUUGUAAUACCCAUCCUUGCAGAAACUUUCCGAGCACUAAAUUUUUGCAGAUCGCGAGGAGUAGGGAAAUUUAUAGGCUGUGCUCAGCUGCUAUACAUUUGGAUCCUCAGCCAUAUAAAUUGUCCACCAGAGUUCAAGUGUCCUCAGGUCAAAUUUUCAAGAUCGUGGAGUAGAUUACAAAAUCCCAUCCUUGAAUUCAACCAAGCAGAUUGGAGUCAAAUCCACCCAGGGAAAGAAGAGUGGAGCAUUUUCUUCGCAGGACUAAGGUCAGAAGAUGUGGAGUGGAGGGCCCGAUGGAUGUCAACCAAACCUAUGAUGUAUAGGUGUGGUAAAUUUCACAGUCUACCGUUAUUGGGUCCAUGUGGAUGUGUAUCUUAUGCCCCAUUAAUGGUAUUGCGCCAGAUAUGGGUACGUCAGUUUAUCCCAGCCACACAUGACUUAAGAAACUCUGAAUUUGCCUAUGAUGUUCGGUUUUGCAAAAACAAAAUUCAGGAGGUUGUAAAGGCGUGGAAGGCGAUUGUCAGAAUCCAAAGUGGCAAUUAUCACGAUAAUAUAUUUGAAGGAUACGAACAGUGGCAUUCGAGUAGAGGAAAAACUGUUGUUCUCCUACAAACCGACAAGGGCAAAGGGAAGCUAGAGGUUCCCACUGGGAUAAUUCUUUCUGAAAUGAGCCCAAAUCAGUCCACUCAGCGGAAGGUCGCAGGAUAG